CACUUCUGUAACAACAGUCCAUCGUUGUGCUCCGUGUGGAGGACAGUAACCACCGGUCUCCGCAGUCAUUUAGUUCAUUUCCAUGCUGUGAUCGCUAUUUGAGGGAACAUCAUGGAUCCCUCAGAGACAGAAGGGUCGGACGCUGCCGGUCCCGAACCAAAACAGAGUCCUAAACCCGAACUCUCUGCGGCGAUGCGAGCCAAAAUCGAGCGGAACCGGCAGCGCGCGUUGAUGCUGAGGCAAGCCCGACUAGCGAGCCGCCCUUUGUCCGCGGUGGAGGGCGCAACCUCGGCCAAAGUCUCCAAGACCAUCGACUCCGGCGCUGGCUUCUUCAUCGAGGAGGAGGAGGACGAAGAGGAAGAGCAGAGGGUCAGGAAGGUGGUGCACCAGCCAGCUCCAGUCAUUGAGCCAGACUACCUGAUGUGCGAUGACUGUCAAAAACCCUUUAUGGACUCAUACCUCAGCAACAGCUUUGACCUGUCUGUGUGUGACAAGUGCAGAGACAAUGAGGAGAAGCACAAGUUGAUCUCCAGAACUGAGGCCAAGCAGCACUACCUGCUGAAGGACUGUGACCUGGACAAGCGAGAGCCUCCGCUCAGGUUUAUACUGAAGAAAAACCCCCACAACCCACGCUGGGGAGAUAUGAAGCUCUACCUCAAACUACAGGUGGAGAAGAGAUGUAUGGAGGUGUGGGGUUCAGAGGAGGCUCUGGAGGAGGCCAGGGAGACGAGGGAAGAGAACAGAGAGGUGCAGAAACAAAAACGCUUCAACAAGAAAGUCAAAGAGCUGCGCAGGGCAGUGAGGAGCAGCAUGUGGACCAAAGACACCAGCGUUCACCAACAUCAGUAUGGACCAGAGGAGGUGGUGGAUCCAGAGGAGGACCUCUACAAAAAAACCUGCACCACCUGCGGACAUGAACUCACCUAUGAGAAGAUGUAGACACACACACACACGUUGACAGUCUAUGAGGAGAUGAUAUUUGGUGCUUCUGUGGGGAUCCACUUCUCUCACAAUCCAUCUCUCCCUCCAGUAAUAUUCCUUUUUUAAAAUGUAUUCUUUUCUUGCUCAUUGAUAAAACACAUCCUGGUCACAUUCAAGGUGCCAAAUCGCUGUCCUGUGUGAAGCACGCACACUUUUCUAGGUCAAUAGUAAUUUCUAUUUUAAACGGCUGUUACUCAUCUCAGCUGAAACGUUGACUCAGAAUUGCUGUAGAUAUUUUUAGCAAUAACUUCGCUUUCUUGCCUUUCUAGUCCACUGCCUGUUGCCACACUUCCUGUCAGGAAUUUCCUUUCACAUUGGGCAAAUUAAGGAAAGGACAAUACUGAAAUCUUAAAAUUCUGUCUUGCGUAAAACAGUGAAUUGUGGGGCCUACUUUAUAUAUGUAUGAUUGAAACAGAUAUUAGCAACAAGAACAAAAGUCUGCUGCCUUAUAGAAAAAUGUGAAUUUCGAGAAGGUGCUCUGUUUUUAGUUUUUAUUUCACGUUUUUGGGCACAGGUCUGUGGCUGUAUCCAUAUGUCCUCACAGAUUUUGGCUACACGUACUGUGAUGUGUUCACUGUCACACAUCAUUGUGUUAAGACUGAAUGCUAAAAGUUCACUUCUCAUCACCGUCUGUGGCCUUAUUCACCUUAACUGUAUUUGGUUAUGAGGCAUAUAACUGUGGCUUAAUAUGCCAUUGUUAUUAGGGACCUCUGCUUAGCUCAGUUUUCUCUCGUGCUCUCUAUUACGUCAGCUUCCAAAUUAUAAUCAAAGUCAUUCAGCUAUUGUCUGUUAUUGGACAAAGAUGUAGUGGUGCAUGGACCUUCGUCUGGUCUGGAGUUGCUGGGUUCAGACGUGAUAUCAGACUAUUUAAGAAGGUUUCUGUGAACAAAUGUUUGAUACUAUUUGGUAUCAGCUGUAAAGACACGUUGUCAUUGUCCAGAUAUUCACCUGGUGUUGAUGAUAAAAGAAAGGUGCUGUGGAUUUGCUCAAGAGUUACUUUUGAUCAUUUCUUAAAAGACUAAAAUGAGAUUAAAAAGAAACAUGUUUAUAUAUUGUAUGUAUAUAUAUUUGUAAAAUGAAUUUUUGUGUUAUGUAAAAAUUCUGUUGCUUUAAACUAGUGGAAACAAACUUUGGGGUUAGUUUUUUGGUAUAGUCAGUCUAUAACAGCUUGAGAAUUAACUUUCUAUCUCAACUUUUAUGCCAACAUGAAUGAGAAGUCCUUAAAGUGCUCAGCUACAAUUUGAUGAUAGAUCAUGUGAUAAUAUCAAAUAUGAUGAGAUGGUUUGUGCUGUCUUAAAAAGGUUAAAAAUAAAAAUUUAA